AUGAGACAAAGACACUUUGAGGAUGUGACAGCAGCUGUGUCAGAGCUCAGAGACAAACUACAGGACAUUAUGAGAGACACAUGGACAAAUGUCUCACUUAUAACCACUGGAGAGAAGGUUUUACUGUCAGAACCAGAACCAAAUAGUAGAGCUGGAUUCUUAAGAUAUUCAAGAGAAAUUACACUGGAUCCAGAUUCAGCAAACAAAUAUCUGUUAGUAUCAGAUGGGAACAGGAAGGUCACACUGAUGAGUCAACCUCAGUCUUCUAGUCACCCAGACAGAUUCAGUGAUUAUUAUCAAGUUCUGAGCAGAGAGAGUCUUAUUGGAUCUGGGUACUGGGAGGUGGAGUGGAGCAGGAGAGUUUACAUAGCAGUUGCAUACAAAAAAAUGAGCAGAGCAGAAUAUGGAUUUGGAUAUAAUGACAAAUCUUGGGCAUUAGAUUGUUCACCAAAUGGCUACAAAUUUGGUCACAACAACAUCUGGACCUCCAUCUCAGGUCCUGUUUCCUCCAGAAUAGGAGUGUACCUGGAUCACUCAGCAGGUAUUCUGUCCUUCUAUGAUGUGUCUGAAACCAUGACUCUCCUCCACAGAGUCCAGACCACAUUCACUGAGCCGCUGCAUGCUGGAGUUUGUGUUGGGGACUCAGUAGAGUUCUGUAAACCAGAAUAG